AUGGAAGCCUUAAAUGACAGCAGCAAAAUGACUGUCUAUUUAGGUUUUCCAAAAUCAUCUCCUACACUUACAAUCAAGCAAAUGCCUGACGGAAAAAUUGGAGGAAAUCCCCUAUUCUUAUUAUCCGAGCCUCUCGCCCCUGAAUGCUGCGGAAUCCCAUCCAAGUUUAUAUGCCAAAUCUCUGCUCCAGGCGAUGAUGAUUCUUCUUAUUAUCGCUACUUAUACGUUUUUCAAUGUUUAACCUGCAAGCUCCCCUCAGCAUUCCGAGCACAGCUUCCUAAAGAAAAUCCGCUUAUUCAAGAAGAGCAAAAUGAGUCAAAUGAACCUUUGGAUUCUGGGUGGGAUACAGUCCCUGACAGCUCUGAUCUCCUAAAUAUGAUGGACAACCUCGAAGACACCAAAGUUUCUAAAAAAGACCUCACGUUUGAAAUCUUCCAAGAAGACGAAAAAGCUACAGAAGUAAUCAAUAAGCUCUAUAGGGCAGACCUGCAAAACAAAGAAAUGGUCAAAGACAUCUACGAGUUCAUGGAAGCGCCUUUUGAUGAAGAAGAGGAAGAAGAUAUCCCUUUUGAAGAGGAAGAAGGUGAAGACCCUGAAGAAGAUAAGGACGCAAACGACCUAAUGAAACUUAUAGCGAAAAAUCAAAAAGACAGCAAAGACAUAAGCUUUGAUGUACUGAAAUGGUGCAGGGAUUUAGACCCAACCCAAUGCAUUAGGUAUGGAAAAAGAAUUCUGCCUUUGUGGUACUCAGAUAAAGGAAGGCCAGCAGAAAGAAUUGAGAACUGCACUUGUGGAGAAGCAAGGAUUUUUGAGUUCCAAGUGCUUCCUCAAAUUUUGAACUAUAUUAAAGAAGACGAGCUUGAUUUUGGGACAAUUUUAGUCUACACGUGUCCGAAUUCCUGCCAAAUUGAGGGAUAUGCCCGAGAAGUUGCUUUACUCCAAGCUUCAAUUUAA